GUUACGGGAGCUCGCAGAGGACAAACUCCCACGCUCUUUUCCGGUGUGUCUUCUUUCCUCAGAGUGAGGCAAGAUCUAAGAGGCGCUAAAGCUAGGUCCAAGGUAGAGAGCAGCUCCGGUUAGAAUGAAGAAAAUAACAAGGUUAUCUCCGGAGGGUGGCGGUUGAGGACCUCACACGCGAGCGGGGUGGUGGCCGAAGACGCUGAGGGACGGGUGCCUUCUCGCCGAAGUUCAGUUGGGCGAUGCCAACUUAAGAGUGUAAGAGGGGUGGCAAGGAACUGAGAUUCACUCCGCGGAGGCUGGGCGAGUGUGGAAACCCGAAGGGAGCGGACAGUCGCCGAAGCCCCAUUUCCUUUCCCCAGCCAGUCCCUCUCCGGCCAUGAGCACCGAGCCGGUGCGCACCGAGCCGCUGCGCGGGGAGCCUCCUCUGCGGGUGCCCGGCGACGCCUUUUCUGUGGUGGUUCUGCUGCAGGGCUACGCGGAGCCAGAGGGGGUCGGCGACGCUGUGCGCGCCGACGGCUCCGUGACCCUUGUUCUGCCCCAGGCCUGGGGCCCGGCCUCCGGCCACCGAGAGCCCCCGCCCGAGGGCUACGAGGCGAAGACCGCCCUGGAGGAGGCGGCCCGUGGCCCCAUCCUCGUGGACACCGCGGGGCCCUGGGCUCGAGAGGCGCUCCUGGGGGCCCUGGCGGGGCAGGGCGUGGCCCCGGGAGAUGUGACUCUGGUGGUGGGGACCCACGGACACUCGGACCACAUCGGGAACCUGGGGCUGUUUCCCGCGGCGGCCCUGCUGGUCUCGCACGACUUUUGCCUCCCCGGGGGCCGCUACCUCCCCCACGGGCUGGCUGAGGAGCAGCCUCUGCGGUUGGGGCCGGGACUCGAGGUGUGGGCCACGCCCGGCCAUGGUGGCCGGCGGGACGUGAGCGUGUUGGUGGCUGGCACGGCCCUGGGUACCGUCAUGAUAGUGGGCGAUGUGUUUGAACGUGAUGGGGACGAGGACUCGUGGCAGGCGCUGAGCGAAGACCCGGUGUCCCAGGAGCACAGCCGGAAGAGGGUCCUAGGCACUGCCGACGUGGUCGUGCCUGGUCACGGAGCCCCCUUUAGGGUGAUCAGGGAAGCCUCGGCGCCAGAAACAGAGGGUCUGGGGAACAGCCGGCCAGAUCUCGUGAUCGGAGACAAGGAGCCCACGGUGCACCGAUAAACCCCAGUCUUGACUGGAUUCCUUUCAAGGACCCCAGCCCCCCACCCACCAGACAAGGAACUGACGUCCAGGACACGAGAGGAUGUGUCAGAGAGGAGUCAUGGGUUGUCACUUCCAGCCCUUCCAGGAGGCCAGUUUUCCAGCGAGGACAGAGUACUUUUGCCACAGUUGUCACCAGUAUCACUAGGACCAAGGACUGGCUCAGCUGUGUGCCACCUCUCGGGCUUCAUUAGUAAAAUGGGAGAAUGUUCUUGGGAGAGUCUUCCAAAAUAAAAGUAGAAACUGCAUUGAAAAUCGUACUGCCCUUCAACUAUUCUCCAGUAAAAAAGAAAAAAAUCAUACCGCCCUAAAUGUAAAUGUGAAGCGUUCAUAGUGAUAAUCAUGCAGAUACAAUCCAGCAAGUGCAACAAGGGGACACUUUGGCGAUACAUCGCCUGUUUGUCAGAGGAGGCAGCUUGCUGAGAGAAGGUGCAGGGCAGACAGGUAUCAUUCUAGUCAUCUGACUUUAAGUUAUCAAUUCGUUCAAUGAAUGCUGCUUAACACACCUGCAAUGUCUCAAGCACGGCUCGAGGUCACGGGGAUACAGCAGUGAGCAAGCCAGACAAACUCAAGGAGACAGGACACCUUUCUCUUUAAUGAAAUUGUUCAGAUGUGCAAGGGAUUAUAGGCAUUUGUGAUCACACAGGAGAUAAGACCUUCAUAUGGAAGAUGUGUCCACCUCCUACCAGAAGGAACGUAACAUUCUUAUCAUCAAGGAUGGGAAGUUAAGACUUGGAAAAUUCUGUAAAACGGACCUUAUUAAAAUAAUUCCUGUCUUUCCACAGUUUAGUUACUUUUCCACGGUCACCUCUUUGCUCAACCUGGUAUAGAAGCAUGUAGGUUUUACCACUUCUUUGGCAGAAACAUGAAAAACAAAGCUAUGUAUUACUUAGAAAUCUAUCUCAAAAUGAUAAAGAAGAUCAAGGGAGUGACAAACAAAAUUUGAAAUAAUUACUUCUGGGGUAGAGAGGGGGAUGGGAUAGAGAGACACACAAAGGCUUUCAAAGAGUUGAUUGUUGCCAUAGACUGAAUGUUUGUGUCUCUCCGCAUCCCCAACCUGCCAAAUUCAUAGUAAUCCUAGUUUGACGGUAUUUGGAGGUGGGGACUUUGGAAAGUGCUUAGGUCAUGAGGGUGGACCCCUCAUGAAUGGCUUGAACACCCUUGAAAAUAGACCUGAGUGAAAGACUUGUACUCAGAAAUAAAACACUGAUGAAAGAAAUCAAAGAUGACAUAAACAGAUGGAGAAAUAUACCAUGUUCUUGGAUUGCAAGAAUCAAUAUUGUGAAAAUGACUAUACUACCCAAAGAAAUCUACAGAUUCAAUGCAAUUCCUAUCAAACUACCAAUGGCAUUCUUCACAGAAUUAGAAUAAAAAUUUUUACAAUUCAUAUAGAAACACAAAAGACCCCAAAUAGCCAAAGCAAUCUUGAGAAAGAAAAAUGGAGCUGGAGGAAUCUGGCUCCCCGACUUAAGCUAUACUACAAAGCUACAGUAAUCAAGACAGUAUGGAACUGGCACAAAAACAAAUAUAGAUCAGUGGUACAGGAUAGAAAGCCCAGAGGUAAACCCACGCACAUAUGGUCACGUAAUUUGUGACAAAGGAGGCAAGAACACACAAUGGAGAAAAGACAGCCUCUUCAGUAAGUGGUGCUGGGAAAAUGGGACAGCUACAUGUAAAAGAAUGAAAUUAGAACACUCCUUAACACCAUACACAAAAAUAAACUCCAAAUGGAUUAAAGACAUAAAUGUA